AUGCGAAAUCGGCCGAACAUUCUCGUGACAGGCACCCCGGGAGUGGGUAAAACUACAUUUUGUCGCCAACUGGCGCAGGAGACGGGGAUGGACCAUGUGAAUGUGGGGCAGCUUAUCAAAGACGAGCGUUUGUUUACUGAAUGGGACGACGAAAAAAACUGUAGCAUAUUUGACGAGGACUUGGUGGUGAAUAGGCUUGAGGAUAUUGUCAGUGAGGGUAACAAAAUCAUUGACUUCCACUCCUGCGACUUCAUGCCGGAAGAGUGGUUCGACUUUGUGUACGUCCUGCGAGCUGAUACUGCAGUCCUGUACGAUCGUCUCGAAAAGCGUCACUAUAAAGAGGAGAAAAUCAGGGAAAACGUCGAGUGUGAGAUCUUCAGAGUCUUGCUUGAUGAGGCGAUUGAGGCAUUUGGUGAGGAGAAGGUGAAAGAGUUGCAAAGCGACAGUUUCAGCGACCUUUCUGACAACGUGGCCGCCGUUGCGGCUUUCGUGAACCAAUGGGUCGCUCCUUGA